UGUUGCCUUCCUUUCCACUCUUACAAUUCGUUGGUGUAUUACGCCUGCAGACAGUUAUGUACACUAGCUUCAUCUUAAUCCUUGCUGCGUUAGUUGCAACUUCCCUGGCACAUAUGGAUCUCAUCAGUCCAUGCCCGCGCUAUAACGCUAACGGAAUUGCUUGCCCCGAGCUGCCACCUGGCUCCGUCUCUGCAAAUACAAGACACCAUGGCCAACUCCAGCUGCCUACUUGGGUUGCUGGCCAGGACGUCACAGUCCAGUUUGAGCAACAUGGAUCGGCACAUGGUGGUGGCCACUGUGAAUUCUCAUUGUCUUAUGAUGGAGGUACAAACUUUGUCGUCAUCCACCAGGUGAUGGGUCACUGCUUCUACGACAGCAGCAACCGUGAGAUUAGAAACUACACAUUCACCCUUCCUACUCGGUGCAUUUUCUCAUGGACAUGGGUCAAUGCCAUCGGCAACCGAGAGUUUUACCAGAACUGCGCUGACAUUGCCAUCACAGGAGAAUCUCCGUCUCUUAGUGGAAAGGCGAUGACGAUCCUCAAUUACCCUGGAUAUCCUACAGUUCCCGAAUUCAUGGGCAACUUCAACACGGGGGAUGGA